AUGCAGUGCUUCCAUGCACUUCUUUGUAGUGGCAUGCAACUGUCAAUCCUGCUAAUGGUUGGCCUGUUCUUUCUCAGUGACCCCACUGCUGGUGGACGUAUCGCUGAAGAGAAGCAGGCUAUAGAUUUUCCAGGUCAGGGACAGACGGAAAAAAAUAAUCCCUUCAUCGAAUGGUUGGCUGGACUGAUAGGUACUACUACCACACCACCUCCAGAAAAUCUCACUCCACCAGAAUCCUGCCCAACAUGUAAAUGCGGCAGAACGAAUCGACUUACCCGUAUUGUCGGUGGACAAGAAACUCAAGUUAACCAAUACCCGUGGAUGGCAAUGUUGCAGUACUCGGGUACAUUCUACUGCGGUGGUUCACUGAUCAGCGAUCGACACGUUCUGACGGCAGCUCAUUGCGUACACGGGUUCAACCGGAACAAAAUCAGCGUUGUCCUGAUGGAGCAUGAUCGCCUCUCGACGACCGAAUCGAUGACGAUGGUCUCUAAGGUAUUGCGUGUGAUCGAACAUAAUGGUUACAACUCUAACAACUACAACAGUGAUAUUGCAAUCCUUCGGUUGGUCACUCCAAUGAACAUUGACGAAAAGCUUCGACCCGUGUGCCUACCAACGCCGAAGAAACCCUUCAGUGGAUACGAUGGUAUCGUAACAGGAUGGGGGGCAACAUCGGAAAACGGAGCUAUUUCCACAAACCUGCAGGAAGUGACGGUUCCAAUCAUGUCGAAUGCUGAUUGCCGGAAGACGGGUUACGGACCCAACCGCAUCACGGACAAUAUGCUGUGUGCCGGUUAUGACGAAGGAAAGAAGGACUCCUGCCAAGGGGAUAGCGGAGGUCCGUUGCACGUCAUCAAUCAAAAUAGCACGGACAAUGUGCACCAGAUCGCGGGCAUCGUGUCUUGGGGUGAGGGUUGCGCUAAACCCAAUUACCCUGGCGUGUACACGAGGGUGAACCGGUUCGGGACGUGGAUUCGUUCCAAUACGGCUGAUGGCUGUUACUGCAGUGAAGACUAA